UCUAUAUAAACGCCAAACACGCCAACCACAUCGUCCCCAAACACAGUUGCCAAUCGCCCCAAGAAACGAGAAAGAAAGAGGCUCACAAGACGCCCAGAGAGAGAUCUUUGCUUAUUUUAUUUUGGAGUUCUCUUUGUUUGGUUGUUGCUGCUGCUGUUGGAUGGUGUUAUGGAGCUCCAACUGGGUCUUGCCCUCCCCAGCGGCGGCGGCGGCUACGAUCGAGCGCAGCAGCAGCACCACCAGCAGCAGCGUCGACAUCGUCACGGGCUUGACCUGGACCUCAACGUGAACGGGUUCGGUCACGGCGGCUGCGACGAUGACGACGAGGCCAUGGUGGAGGCCGUGGGAUCGAACCGGUUCGACCCCGGGCCGAGCCUCGAGCCGGGGUACUGCAACAGAAGCGAGGAGGAGUGCGAGUACGAUGAGCAAGGGAAUUGCGAGAGGAGCGUGCCCCGAACACUCUCGCUCCUGUUCGGGACUCGAAACGACGACGAGGUCGGAGACGACGACGACGGCGGGCGCCAUCGCCACUUUUCAGGCAAUAAGGAGUCCACGUACUUGAAGGUGACAAUGGAAGGCGUAGGGAUCGGGAGGAAGAUCGAUCUCAGCCUCCAUCGCUCUCUUCCCUCCCUCAUGUACACCCUCAUCAACAUGUUUGGCUUGUGCUAUGAAGAAUCCGAAAACCUGAAGCUCGCUUACCAGGACAGGGACGGAGAUUGGGUGCUCGCCGAAAACGUGACUUGGAGGUCUUUUGUGCGGUCUGCACAGCGAUUGAAGCUGCUAAGGAUGAGUGGUUGACUGAGAUUGCAGCGGUUGGAAGAGGAGCAGAGUUUUGAAACAUGUAUAGCUUGUCCAUGAGAGGAGAGAGCUUAUCGAGCAAUGUAUAAAACAACACAGAUCUUGUUGUCUGCUUGCCCUCUAAUUAGAUGCAACAAAGAUUAUAUUAGAAUUUCGUGACA